AUGCCAGAUGUCAAUUUAAGCGAUAAAAACGAAAAAAUACACCACGUGCUAAGAUAUUCUCUCUCUCUCUCUCUCUCUCUCUCUCUCUCUCUCUCUCUCUCUCUCUAUCUCUCUCUCUCUCCCCUAGAAGAAGAAAUAAGAAAUCCAUUGAUUCAUUAUGUUGUAUCUCUCUCUUUCUCUCUUAUCAAUUUCAUUCUUUCUUUCUCCUUUUCAUAUUUUGUUUCUCUUUCUUUCUUUUAUAAAUUGUCUAUCUCACUCCCUCUUAUCUCUCUUUCGGCCACAUUCGUUCUCCUUUUUACGUAUUUCUCUCUUUUUAUUCUUCCUUUUCCCACCUUUCAAUCCCUUUUCUCCCCUCUUUUUAUAUAUCAAUUCACAUUGCCACUCCGUUUCUCUCUUUCCCUUGCUUUUAUUAGCUCUCAUUCUCUCUCUCUCUCUCCAAUAAUUUCUUCCUUUUCAUUAACUUUCUCUUUUUCUUCGCUUUUACUCGUCAUUUAUUCCUAUUUCUUAUCCUCCAAUCUCUUCCGACAUCUUUCUUCACCCAACUCCACAAAUUCUUCCAAUUCUCCAAAAAGCAUUACGUAUUCAUAUCGCCGCUCAACUUGUGUCUCAGCUAUCGUAAUUCCGAAUUAA